GGGCGGGGGCGGCUCCCGGGGGCGCUACGGGUCGGCCCUGCCUCCGGGAUCUGGGGCCCGGCACCCCCCAGAAGCGAGCGCGUGGGUGCCGCGCGGACGCCCCGGCCCCGACCUGGAAGCCCGUGGCGCACAUGCGUUGCCCGCGGCCAGGUGGCGAUGGGAGGAUGGCGAGCGGCCCGCCCGAGGCGCGACUCCGCCGCGUGAAGGGAGCACCGACAUCUGAGUGCCAUUAGCUGCUGUCAGACCGCGUUCAGACCGAAGCCUGUGGGAAGGGCUGGGGCUGUGGGCAGGGGAGGGUGGACGCGCCCGGCCUCCCCCUCCUCCGCCUCCGGCCAGAGCACCACGUGGGCGGCCGGAGAGGGAGCUAGCAGAAAUCCCCCUGCAGGCCCUCAGGCUACAAGCCAUGCGAUGGGACGCAGAUGCCCUCGGCAGUGCCUCCCCGGAGCCUGUAACCAACUUUGCUGCUCCGAUUUUACACGUCCCGAACUCCCAGUUCUGUGUUUCCAGCCACGAUUCAGGCGAGCUAUAAAUGACGCUUGCCAGGCAGAACUAGAGAACCACUUGCCGUUUCUCCUCUCCUGUGGCGGCCCAAGCCACAGGGCCCGUGCUCUGCGACAACACCACUGGCCCUGGGCCGCCAUCCUCUCCGCCAGGCACGGGCAGCACUUGCCCGGAAACGUUCCAUUUGCCUAUAACCACAGCACCCCUGCGAGCCCAGCGCUCGACAUCCCCGUUGUGCGGAACAGGGACGGUCUCGGGGGGUGAGGUGACCUGGCAAAGGUCACUCCUGGUGAACGACAGCACGAGGGUUCAGGCCCCGCAGGGGAGCCCAGAGCCCGGUGCCGGCUGCCUGGUCCCCAGCACUUGGCCUGUCAAGUUGCUGAAGAGAACGGCCCCCGUCUGCCCUGUGGACACCCUCUCCCUCGUCCUGUCCUGUUGUGUGGCUGCCACUCGGGGACUUAUUCGCCCUGGAUAAAGCAGCCACAGAAGCGCAGGCAGGCAUGGGCAUCCCAGAUCAAAGCCGGACGGCCCACGCCUCCCCCGGGACUCAGCCUCGGCCUCCCAGGCCCAGGCACCCACGACGCCUAUGCUGACUGCCGCCCUGGGCCCAAUGCCGGUCAUGCCCAUCCCCCGGCGGGUGCGCUCCUUCCAGGGCCCGCACACCACCUGCCUGCACGCCGCCUGCGGCCCGGCACGCGCCUCCCGCCCGGCCCGCACCAAGUACAACAACUUCGACGUGUACGUCCGGGCACGCUGGCUCUACGGCUUCAUCCGCUUCCUGCUCUACUUCAGCUGCAGCCUCUUCACGGCCGCGCUGUGGGGCGCGCUGGCCGCCCUCUUCUGCCUGCAGUACCUGGGCGUGCGCGUCCUGCUGCGCUUCCAGCUCAAGCUGUCGGCGCUGCUGCUGCUGCUGGGCCGUCGGCGCGUGGACUUCCGCCUCCUCAACGAGCUGCUGGUCUACGGCAUCCACGUGACCAUGCUGCUGGUCGGGGGCCUGGGCUGGUGCUUCAUGGUCUUCGUGGACAUGUGAGGGCGCCGCGGGCUCUUCCGGGGACGGUUUCCGGUGACCCGGCCGUAGAUGCACCUGCAGUGGGCGCUUUUCUCGACGCGGAUAUAAGCAGCCCCAAAUGCCACAGAUGCCGUUCUUCACGAGUCAGAUCCGAACCUUGCAAAGCAGCCGUCUGCCAUGCUGGAGAAGGAGUGUGAUGGGCUGUAGGGCCACCCUGCCAUGAGUCCAGGGGCCCCACCGCUGGAGCCUGUCCUGGGGAUUUGGCUGGGGAGGCAGCGAGAAUUUGUCAGCGCUGGCCAAGCGGGGGGCCUGGUGAGGUCCAGGAGGGCUGAGUUCAACCAACAGGCAAGUGUGUAUCGUCCUUAUCAGACAGAUGACGCCCUCAAGUGCCAGGACGGCAGCCGGAUGGGGAGACGCUUACCCACAGGAGAAAAACUGGAAGGAAACCAGGGUUAGGAAUCCUUGUGUAACCAAAAAGCAAUUGGAAAACGAGUGACAGGUUAUUAGUUAGUAUCUCUAUCGUGGAAAGGCUUCCCUGGCUUCUGUGCAGGGGACGCUCACGUUUCUCCCUUGCAAAGACUUCCUCCCACGUGAUGAUGAGGGUGAUGCCCUUCCACGCAGCCAGUGUGGCCAGAAAUGUGGCCCCGGAAGAGCUGGGGGUCCACGACAGAGCGGCGUAGCUGCUAUCUCUGGAAUUUUGUGGAACUUGACGUUUCAGAAAAAAACAGUCUGAGUCCUUUUGGGGUUCAGCCUGUGGUGGCAGAGCUGGUAAAGUCCUCGCAAAAGCCUUGGCCCCCCGAGCAGUCGCAGAGGACCCUUGGGAGGGGCAGUUGGCCCCCCGAGCAGUGGCAGAGGACCCUUGGGAGGGGCAGUUUGCUGCACAAAGCCUGGCCGAGGAGCGGGUGGGGAUGCGGCUUCCCGGCCGGGAGACCACUCUCGGGCGUGCUGGCUUCACUGGGAGCGGCUGGCAGUGGGCAGCACUGCCCCAGAUCUGUCCUCUCGCCGCGCUGGAGCCUCGGGUUUGCCCACCUUCUGCAGCGUCCACAGGCCUCCUGGCCUGGCCUCCCCUGGUUUUGCGCAGGUUGGAGCGUUUUCUUCAGUGGGUCUCUAGACCGGCGCUGCCCAGCAGGACUCGUGUGUGGUGGGGGUGCUGUCUGCACCGUCUGGUGCGGGAGCCACCAGCCCGUCCUCCGGGCUGAACGAACCCCAUGUCCCCCUGGGGGGACAGUCACCAUUUUCAAAGAGCGCACGCUGAGCCGGCCACCGCAGGGAGGCAGGGGCAUUCUGCCCAGACUGUGCCCUAGUUACCAGUUCGGGCACCGUCCAGAGAGGGGUCUCAGCCCGGGGACCCUGGGAGCAGCGCCGCUGCUGGGGGGGAGACAGCACCUGGACGGUGGUGGUGACACCGGGCCUUGAUUUUGGGAGUCGGGGGGGGGGGGGGGGGGGGGGCAGGCAGUGUGACCACAGAGAAGGGAGCUGGCCAGGGGAGGGGACGAGCAGUGCCCCAGCGAGAGCUGGGGGCGGGGCGAGGCCUGGGAGAGUCGGAGGGGGCACUGGGAGCCUGGCGGCCUGGGGAGAGGACGGUCAGAUCUGGGGGCGGCCAUCCCGGGCAGCAGGAGGUCAAGGCUGGGGCAGAAGCCGGCAGCGGUGGGGUGGGGGCGGGGAGGAGGGGAGAGAGGCUUCCCUUCAACAACGAACAGGGCCUCGUGGUGGCCUCCUUUGCACCGGGUGUGGGGGCCUCUUGUUGGCCCGCCCGUGGGGCCGGCCCUCCCUGUGCUGAGGGACCCCGGCCCGGAGGGUGGGAGGGGCUGCCGGUGGGAGGUGAGCCAACAGUGGGAGGGAGGCAAUGGCAAGAAGGAAUUUCUAGAAGCCACACGGUUCUCUGAGAAAGUCCAGGUGCCGCCCAGGCCCCGGGCAGGGGUGGACGAGGUGCCCUCGAAGAUGCCCUCUUCGUCCCCCGGUGGUACCACCGCCCCGCCUGCCUGGGAGCAAGCCCAGCGGGAGGGACACAGCACCCCCGCCGAGGGCGGCCAGGGCGGGCACAGCCCACCUCCGGACCAGAGCUGGACCCCCGGGCCGCUGCGGAGGAAGGGCCGUCCGCUGGGACCCGCCUGUGGACAUUGAUGUUCCCUGACCUUGAGAGGUCCCUGUCUGCUCCAGCGCCUGAUUGGAGGAGGGAGGAUGGCAGGGCUUGCUGCUGACUCAGCGCUUCCUUCCCUCGGCACAGGCCGGUCCUCUCCCUUCUCCCUUUUUGGUGUUGUUUGGAAAAGGCCCUCUUCCGGGAAGGUCCUUCCUCUCAUCCCCCAGGAGGCCUGGCUCCUGCAGGGGCGGCUUUCCAGAAAAUCCCCGGCAGCCUGACAGCUCCCCAAAGAUGGAGGGCCCACCCCCAUCCCCUCCCCCCGCCUCACCAGCAUCCUUGCCCUGGAGGGGACAGGGCCACGCGGGAGCAGCUGAUUCAGGGCUCGUGGGCCCGCCCCUCCCCCAGCCGCCGCCGGGCAACAUGCCCAGGCAGGCUGGCAGCUGUGUCACCCGGGGCCUCAGGCAGGGUUGCUGUGGCUCUCGCUGUGUGGCCCGCACUGCACCCGGGGCGGGGUGUGGGGGUGGCAGACUGAUGCUGGGAGGGCCUGCGCGGGCGGGCGGGCGGUGUGCCAG